AUGGCGUCGUCCAAAACACGGAUGGUGUCGUCCGAGACGUUACAGAGUGGUGGAGGUCUCCUCAUGGACCGUGGUGGAGGUCUCCUCAUGGACGGUGGUGGGGGUCUCCUCAUGGACCGUGGUGGGGGUCUCCUCAUGGACGGUGGUGGGGGUCUCCUCAUGGACCGUGGUGGGGGUCUCCUCAUGGACCGUGGUGGGGGUCUCCUCAUGGACGGUGGUGGGGGUCUCCUCAUGGACGGUGGUGGGGGUCUCCUCAUGGACCGUGGUGGAGGUCUCCUCAUGGACGGUGGUGGGGGUCUCCUCAUGGACGGUGGUGGAGGUCUCCUCAUGGACCGUGGUGGGGGUCUCCUCAUGGACGGUGGUGGGGGUCUCCUCAUGGACGGUGGUGGGGGUCUCCUCAUGGACCGUGGUGGAGGUCUCCUCAUGGACGGUGGUGGGGGUCUCCUCAUGGACGGUGGUGGAGGUCUCCUCAUGGACGGUGGUGGGGGUCUCCUCAUGGACGGUGGUGGGGGUCUCCUCAUGGACGGUGGUGGAGGUCUCCUCAUGGACCGUGGUGGAGGUCUCCUCAUGGACCAUGGUGGGGGUCUCCUCAUGGACCGUGGUGGGGGUCUCCUCAUGGACCGUGGUGGGGGUCUCCUCAUGGAUCUGAAAAUUAAUUAUCACACCCCAUCUAACUUAAAUUCCUGUAUCUGCACCUGA